AUGAAGGCUAAAACAGUAUCUGUGAAAUCCAAACAAAAAAACAAGAAACAAAAAUUAAAAGCACCUAAAUUAAAGGCUGCUAAGAAAAGUAAAAAAGUGCAAGUGAAAAAAUCUACUAUUAAGGAUACCACUAAAGUAGCAAACGUCAAGAGUCCAGAGAAGGAGGUGAAAAAAGUACAGAAUGUGAAAUAUAUAAUGCCUUCCAAAGCAGUUACAGAUGAGGUUGUAACAUCGGCUUUAACUGCCUUAGAAAAACUAACUGCUCAUACUUCUAACAAAAAUAUUAUCUUUGGAGACGAACAUCAAAUAUUCAUGGAGGUUCGAUGUAUUAAAAUACCACACUCUAAAGGGAACAUCAAAUUUGUACUCCCACAUAGUACAGUAUUGUCAUCUAAGGAAGUGUGUCUUGUAACACCGGACAUCAAGAAAGGAAAGAAACCUGAUCAUGAGCCUACUGUAGACAAAUGGGAAGAAUUGCUCCGGGGAGCCGGAGUUACAAGUGUCAAAACAAUCCUUCCUAUGAGGCAACUUAGAGUUGAGUAUGACCAGUUUGAAUUGAAGCGUAGAUUGUUGACGCAGCAUGACUUCAUAAUGGUUGAUACAAGAGUUUUAAACCAUGUGUCUCACAUCUUGGGAAAGAUGUUUUUCAAGAAACACAAUAUGUUGAUACCCGUUAAGAUAGAUGAAAGUAAAGAUAUUAAGAAAGAUAUUGACAUUGGUUUAAGAACUGUUAUGUUGAGGAUCAGUGAAGGCCAAACGGCCACCAUGGUUGUCGGACACACUGGUAUGCAGCAGAAUGAUAUCAAGGAAAACAUUUUAGCUGUCGUCAAUAAGUUGAAUAAGAGGUAUCCGGGCGGUGAAGCUAAUAUCAGAGGGCCAAGCAGUUCUGUAAAGACGAUUCCAAAACUUAAACGUCCUAAGCCUAAAUCAUAUGUUAUGUAUGAAGAUGAGUUAUCAACUCAUCUCAGGAGUACUGUAAGGGUCAAUCCUGAUGGAACUGUUAAAUUGAAAUUACAGCCACAGAAGAAAAAAGAAAGAAUUGUGGAAGAUGACAUUCUAAGUGAAGGUGAUGACAAUGAAGACGAUGAUGAAAUGGAUGAUGAUGGUGAUGAAGAAUGA